UUACAAUCUCUGCUAAUUUGAAAUCUAGCGAGUCACUCACACUUCUCACAUGGCGAAAGCCGAGAAUUAUGCACAAUCCGACGAGUGACACUUGCACACUACGCCACCCAACAACAACCCCACCGCUUAAAAUGGCAUCAUCGGAGUUCUCUCACCAUCACAACUCUUCCAUGGCAAAAUCCACUUCAAGAAACAAGUCCUCUUCUGUAUACCUCUCCGAUGGCUGCCUCUUCCUCGCCGGAGCAUUCUCCGCUCUUCUUCUCGUUUGGGGUUUUUCCUCCUUCACUACCCCAAUCCCUAACGACAACCCCAAAUUCCAGUCCCUCACCAACAAAUUGGACGACGCCGACGCCGACGCCGCCAAGCAUGGCACUCCCGAUUUGCGGUUCGACCCACCCGAACGUACCUUCUAUGAUGACCCGGAAAUGGGGUACACCAUGGACAAGACGGUGCGCAACUGGGACCAGAAGCGCGAGGAGUGGCUGAAGCGUCAUCCUUCCUUCGCCGCCGGAGCACGAGAAAGGGUGCUCAUGGUGACCGGAUCGCAACCGUCGCCGUGCCGGAAUCCCAUCGGCGACCACUUGCUUUUAAGGUUCUUCAAGAACAAGGUCGAUUACUGUCGGCUCCACGGGUACGAUAUCUUCUACAACAACGCUCUGCUGCACCCCAAGAUGUUCGCGUAUUGGGCCAAGUACCCGGUGGUGAAGGCCGCGAUGAUGGCCCACCCUGAGGCCGAGUGGAUCUGGUGGGUUGACUCGGACGCGUUGUUCACCGACAUGGAGUUCAAGCUUCCACUGGAACGUUACAAGGAUCACAACCUUGUGGUUCACGGUUGGGCCCACCUCAUACACGAGAAACGGAGCUGGACGGGACUUAACGCCGGCGUGUUCUUAAUCAGGAACUGUCAGUGGUCGUUAGAUUUCAUGGACGCGUGGGCCAGCAUGGGCCCACAGACUCCCAAUUACGAGAAAUGGGGGGAAACGCUGCGGUCAACGUUCAAGGACAAGUUCUUCCCGGAGUCAGACGAUCAGACGGGCCUGGCUUAUCUGAUCGCGAUUGAGAAGGAGAAAUGGGCGGACAGGAUUUAUCUGGAGAGCGAGUAUUAUUUCGAAGGGUAUUGGGAGGAGAUUGUUGGAACGUUCCAGAACAUAAGCCAGAGGUACGAUGAGAUAGAAAGAGAGGAGCGCAGGUUAAGGAGGAGGCACGCGGAGAAGGUGAGUGAAAGCUAUGGUGAAAUGAGAGAGGAGUAUGUUAAGGAUGCUGGGAAUGGUAGAGGUAGCUGGAGGAGACCCUUCGUGACGCACUUCACGGGGUGCCAACCUUGCAGUGGAAAGCAUAAUCAAAUGUACUCUGCCGACGCUUGCUGGAACGGCAUGCAGAGGGCCCUUAAUUUCGCUGAUAAUCAGGUUAUGCGUAAAUUUGGUUUCCUGCACCCGGAUCUACUGGAUAACUCCGUUUCUCCUAUCCCUUUUGACUAUCCCCAGCCAUGACCCCUCAGAAUGAAGGCCCCACCUAGUUUGCAGAAGUUUUACUGCGGCCCAUAAAUUAAGAUGGCUAGACGAAGCACGUGCAUGCGUACAAAAAUAUCAUGGACCUGUAUUAUCAUCUGGGUUGUGGGUCACAUAUCAUCAAAACUUUACCAUGUCAAUACUCACAGUCACAGAUACCGCCAGGAGAGACAUACACAUACCCUUUAUUUGUUCUUUCACUUUCCUCGCCUGGCUGGUAAUGUUAUAUAUAUAGCAGUAUAGCAGUGUUAAUCUUUAUGACGAUGUUAUAUCAAAUAUUUGGUACCAUCCUAGACCAAGAUGGUUCAAUAAACUU